UAUUUCUAAUAACAUUUAUGUUAUUAUUUUUUCUACAAUUAUUAUUUGUUUCGCCUUCUACAUUUAAAAAUAAUGAUAAUGGUGGUGGUGAUGACGAUGGCAACAGUGAAACAAUCAUAUUACAUCCGGCAAAUUUUUCCAAAAUUAAAAUAAAAUUUGAUUUUGGUACGGAUGCACAGAAAUUUUUCAAAGAUCAAGCAUCAUCAUCAUAUGUACCAUUGCAGAAUGAUAAAGCAUUCAAUCAAACAAUGGUUACAUCAAUCAUACAGAAUAAAUUACAACGAUUAAAAGAAUUUUUAUCACUUGAACAGCUUACAUUUAAUUCACAACAAUUAAAUGGUACUGCACCAAUCAAUGAUGAAUUAAUUCUAUUGGAUACAUUCAAUAUGCCUAUUCAUCUGCCGGAAUAUAAACUAAAUGUAUCGAUUGAUAUGAUAAAAAUUUCCGGUAUUAAUCAAUUUACCGUUUCGGAUUUAGCAGCAAAUACAAAAUCGAAAAAAAUUUCAGCAUUACUUCGAAUGCCAAACAUACGAUUGACAAUGUUUUAUAAAGUUAAUGGAUUUGCAUUCAAAUCAAAACGAAUGGAAACAUAUUCAGAUAAAGGACGUUUAACAUAUACAAUUUAUGGUUGGCGUACUGUAUUUGCCGGUAAAAUUGCUGCUAUUCGUAAUGAUGAUCAUUUAGAAAUUGCUGGUUUUGGUAUGCGUUCACAUUAUAAUUAUUAUGAUUCACAAAUGGUUACAUUUAUUAAUAAUGAACAUGGUGAACGUUCAUCACCUUCAUCAUCAUCACCAACAAUCGAUAUAAGUAAAUUGAUUGCAUCAAAUUUAAUGAAAAAAGUAAUCAAUGAAGUUGAUGAUAAAUUUGAAACAAUUAUGAUUGAUCAUUUGGGUAUUCAUGAAACUGGUACCUGGAAUCUAAGACCAUCGGAUUUUAGUCUAUCGGAUGAACAGCAACAACAACAACCGCAAUCAUCGAAAGAUGAUCAUGAUGAUGAUGGACAAUUAUGGAUGAUGGAAUCACGUAUGAAUCAUGAAUCAAUUUCACGUUCAGGACGACGACGAAAUAAACGUCAAGUACCAUGUGAACCUGGUGAAGAAUUAGAUGAAUAUGUUGAUAGUUUAUUUCGUUUUUUAAAACGAUUAGUUCGUGUUAUGGAACCAUUUGGGCUACCGAAUGCAACAAUCGAAUUGGAAGAAUAUAAUUUACAAAUAUUUUUACAUAGUGGUGGUGUAACACGUGCCUAUACAUUUGAACGAAAAAAACCAGCAUGGGUAUUAUGUCAAAAUGAUACAAUUUCAUUAGGUUUAACUGUUGGUAUUGAAGAUGCACGUAUACAUUAUAAAUAUCGUGUUAUACAAGAUUGGCGUCUAUUAUUUGAUGGUGAUCUUGAAGCACAAUUAAAAAAAGCUAAAGCACAAUUACAGAUAACACAACUUUCACCACCUGAAAAUGAAGAUGAUGAAUUUGAUAUACAAGAUAAUGGUGGUAGUAGUGAUGAAGAAGAAGAAGAACCACAAGUACAACAACGUGUUGAUAAAUUAAAAGUAUGGAAACCAGGUCAAAUAACAGUAUUGAUACGUGGUUUAGGUAAUUUUAGUUCAGCAUUAAGUAUGUUAAUUAAUUCAAUGUUAACAGAUACAAGUAUGUUUGAUCCAAUUAUUCGUAUGAUUGAAACUGAUGGUGUUGUUUUAGCAAAUGAAAUGUUACGUAAUGUAUCUAUUCCUAUAUUUAGUAUCAUUUAAGGAAUAUAUUUUUAAAAUACUAAUUGUGUGCCAUUCAAAUUCAAAUAUUUUUUCACAUAC